GGCGCGUGGCGCAGCCGCCAGAACGCGGGCCUGCUGCUGGGCCUCCUGAACUCGUUCUUCCAGGGCGGCCUCAUGGCCCACAUGGAGCACGGCCUGCAGGACAGGGACCUGGCCGCCCCCCUGCACGUGGACGCCUGCCUCAAGCUCAUGGCCUCAAACACCACCGCACUCAACAGCAGCUUCACGCCCUUCUGA